AUGUCAGCUCAGCAGACCCAGGAUAUUGCUAUUGUUGGAGCAGGGGUCAUUGGACUUACAACAGCAUGGAUUCUAUGCGAUUUUGGAUUGGGCCCUCGUAUAAAAGUUAUUGCCAAGCAUACACCUGAAGAUCGUUCUGUUGAUUAUACUUCGCCUUGGGCUGGCGCAAAUUUCUGUAGUAUCUCAAGUGGAGACGAAAAAGCCCUGCGAUGGGACAGGAUUACCUAUAAUCGACUUGCUUAUCUUGCAAACACUCGAAAGGAAUCAGGUGUCGUCUUUGCUGAUCUUCGUGAGCUCUGGGAUUAUGAUCCUAACCUUGAGAAGAUUCGCUCUUGGAGUUCUUAUGUAAAAGAUUUCAAAACUAUUCCUAAGGAAGAACUGCCUGAAAACUGCCUUUACGGCCACACCGGCACUACGUUUUUGAUAAAUGUUCCUCAGUAUUUAAACUUCAUUCACAGCAUUCUUAACGAUUCUGGAGUCACUUUCGUCAAAGAAGAAAUUAAACAUAUCAACGAUGUUCUGCAGUUUGUUCCUAACCCGACUGUGGUCUUUAAUUGUCCAGGAGUUUGGGCUUCUACGCUUGGAGGUGUAGAAGAUCCAGACGUGUAUCCUACUCGCGGCCACGUUGUCUGUGUCGAUGCUCCUCACAUCAAAGAAACGAGAAUCCGCAAUGGUACGAAUUCUGAUACCUACAUCAUUCCUCGUCCUUUCAACGGCGGUGUCGUUUUGGGAGGUUUUAUGCAAAAGGGCAACUGGGAUCGUGAAAUUCACCCUGAAGAUACUCAAGAUAUCUUAAAGCGCACAGCUGCGCUUAUGCCAGAGCUGUUUCAACAUCAAGGUCCCGAAGCUGCAAAGAUCAUUUAUGAAGCAGUCGGUUUCCGUCCUUCUCGUAAUGGUGGUGCUCGUGUAGAAUUGGAUACUCUUCCAGGUACCAAAUUCCCUCUGAUCCAUGAUUAUGGUGCCUCUGGCACGGGCUACCAAGCUGGGUAUGGUAUGGCUUUUGAUUCAGUCAUGUUGUCCCUUCCCUUAAUAAAGUUUGCUUAA